AUGGUUGAUCUUUUAAUAGCUGGUAAUUUAUUUUAUCAAUUACGAAAUGAAAUGCGACAAAUAGGUGAACAUGUACCACGUGAUAUUUCAAUUUCAGAUACGUUAAUAACUCAAAACAAGGAUGAAUAUGAACCAUUUUUUCGACAUCCGGCUGAUGAACAACCUGAACUUAUAUCUUGGACACCGACAGCAUUACAAAUUCAAUCAUGCUGA